AUGACUACCUCCCUGGACCAGUUGAAGGCCUCUGGCACUGUACGUCAUUUCCCCCUUUUUCUUAAACCGUUUACUAACUGUUAGGUAUUACAGACCGUUGUUUGUGACUCUGGUAUCGUUUGAUCUUUUGACGAUAUUCGUUGAUUGUUUGCUAAUAAAAUGGAAGGUGACUUUGCUACUAUCGACAAGUACAAGCCCCAAGAUGUAAGUUUGUUCCAGCCAGUUUGUCUGCAUAGUGCUUGCUGAACCCUAUACAGGCCACUACCAACCCGUCUUUGAUCCUCGCCGCCUCCAAGAAGCCCGAGUACGCUGGGCUCAUCGAUGAGGCCGUCAAGUACGGAAGGUCCCAUGGUGGAGGCAUCGGUUCCCAAGUUGAUGCCACCUUCGACCGUCUCCUCGUCGAAUUUGGAAAAGAGAUUCUUAACAUCGUCCCCGGCAAGGUGUCCACUGAAGUCGAUGCCCGUUUCUCUUUUGACAAACAAGCCUCUAUUGAUAAGGCUCUCCACAUUAUCGACCUGUACAAGAGCAUUGGUAUCAACAAGGACCGUGUUCUCAUAAAGGUUGCCUCCACUUGGGAGGGUAUCCAAGCCGCCAGGGAAUUGGAGAGCAAGCACGGAAUUAAGUGCAAUUUGACUCUUUUGUUCUCGGAGGUCCAGGCUAUUGCCGCGGCCGAGGCGGGUGCCUUCUUGAUUUCGCCUUUUGUUGGCAGAAUCUUGGAUUGGUAUAAGGCUUCCACCGGAAAAACUUAUGCUGCUCAGGAGGACCCUGGUGUUAAGUCCGUCCAGAGCAUCUUCAACUACUAUAAGAAGUAUGGGUACAAGACAAUUGGUUUGUCCACUCUCUUAGAAGUGUUUCCGAGUAUUUUCAGCUAAGUCUAGGAAGUUAUGGGUGCCUCUUUCCGUAACACGGGUGAGAUUACCGAGCUUGCUGGCUGCGACUACCUUACGAUCUCCCCCAACCUUUUGGAGGAGUUGUACAACAGCCAGGCUGCCGUCCCGAAGAAGCUUUCUUCCGAGGAUGCCGCUACGCUGGAUAUUCCCAGGAGGAGCUUCAUUGAUAAUGAAACGGAGUUCAGGUUCUACUUGAACGAGGACCAAAUGGCCACCGAGAAGUUGAGCGACGGUAUUAGAAAGUUUACCGGUGAGUAGACCGAUCUUCGGCUUAAUAUUAAUUGACCCUGUUACUGACUGUGGUUAGCCGAUGCUGUUACUUUGAAGAACAUGCUCAAGGCGAAACUUGAGGGGGCUUAAAUCGGAUAUGAAAAGGUAAUAGGAAAAAUGGAUCGCGCGAAUAGGUGUCAGUCUGUGGGGGCUUUAGCCUUCCGAGGAAUUCCUUUUUUUUUUUUAGCUUUCCUGCCUGUUAGUCUGCCUUUGGCAUAGGUUCCCCGGUCUGCCCUACUUGUUCGUAAGGUUUUCUUUUUUCUUUUUCAGUCUGAAUUAUAGCUCUUUGAGGUAGAACAGAAAAAUAAUCAAUAAAAAUAUUUCAUGGUUCGGUGAUGUGAAGAACUGGGUGCCAGCUUGAUUUGUCAUGCCGGUAAAUAAAGCUUGGCCUCUAUGCGAGAAGUCGUCAUCCCCAGAUUUUGCAUUUGAGCCUCACUCUAUCAAACCAUGACCGUGUCUCGACCCCCUUUUCUUGCGGUUCAACGGAAAAAAUGUUAGAGC